AUGCAAUCAAAGAAACCUCAAAACAAUCAAGUUAGGCAUUCAUACUUCUUAAAUAAAUUUUAGAAAACUGAUUCACUGGGAAGGCAGAUUUUGUAGGUAAAUAACAACGCAGCAUUCCAGCCGCCUAAACCUCUAGAGAAGCCUCCUCACCUUCAGGGACCAACUAAAUCAAGUAAAAAUGGUAAUGUGCCAGCACCAGAGAAAAGAAAGCUUCUUUAGCCAGUUGACCGAGACAUAGUGAAACCUGAGGACAUCAUUGGGAAGGAGACAACUAUAACUAUAUAGACAGAAGAGGAGAAGCAAUCAGCGUUCUUUUGCAAGACUUGCAAAGUUUAGCUGAAGGAUUCUAAUGCUUGGUAUGAUCAUAUCAAUGGUAAAAAGCACAAUCAGAUGCUGGGAAUGUCGAUGGUGGUUGAGAAAGUAGGACUAGAUCGAGUCAAAGCUAAGUUAGCAGGGUUAAAGCGAAAGGCAGUGACUACAGUAGAGUCUAUUGAGGACAUUGAGAGAAGAUUAGAUCAGCAAGAGUAAGAGGAGAAGGACAAGAAGAAUAAGCGCAAAAAGCUUAAUGAAGAGAACUAGAUUAAAGAGAGAGUGCAGGAGUAAUUUGAGUUUGAUGAAGAUGAUAUUUCAGCGUUUGGACUACCUUCUGAUUUUGGAACCACUAAAAAGAAAUGA